UUUUCAAGUAUCAGAGAGAGAACAUAUCGAUGGCUAAUAUGUUUGAUUUUAUUAAGGAUCUUAAUCCUUCUAAAGAGCAAUGGAGGAUAAAGGUUAGAGUAAUUCGACUUUGGAAGCAAAAAAAUUUUUGACAGUCAAAACUGGGUGAUAAUAUUGAAAUGCUCCUUUUGGAUGAACAGGGGGGGAGGAUUCAAGCAACUCUUAGGGCUUCUUUGCGUUUUAAGGAUGCUUUUACUGAAGGAGGAUGGUAAUAAGCUUCGUUGCACUCUUUGGGAAAAUUUUGCUGUUGAGAUGUGUUCAGUUAUUGAUAAAAGCUUCAAUGAAUCUGUUAUUUUCGUCAUUCAAUUUGCAAAGAUGAAAUCAUGGAGAGGUGUGAUGGGGAUUUGCAACACCAUGUUCAAUAUUAGGAUCUUUAUAAAUAACUAUGAUAUUCUUGAAGUUUUGGCAUUUAAAGAGAGAUUCGAUUGCGAGGACUUGUAAUUGCCUAUAUUCUCUGUUGCAGUAGCGACAACACGAUAUUGAAUUUAGAGAGUCUGUAAAUGAACAACGACAAAGGUAUUUUCUAUUUUAUGUUAUUUAUUUGCUCAAUUUGGGGGAGUGGUUCUGUUUUUGAUAUUUCUACAUCUUAACAUGGUACUAGCAUAAAAGAUGGGAGAUACUAUGGUGUAAGAUCAUCGCAUACAGGUUGCAAAUGGAAUUAUUGAUUUUUUGUUUGCAAAAGGCUUUAUAGAUACUAAAUCUUUGCUUCUGAUUUUGCCCCUUAUUAGUUUUUAUUUCAAACUUUUUUUCCUAUGAUGUUUCAUGCUUUAGUUUGGCAUAGCAAGUGCAGUAGAGAUUGUUUGGAGAUUGGCUUGGAUAUCACACGUUACUAGACUAUAAUUGUGUUACCCUGUUGUAAGCUUGCUCAUGCAUUUGUAGCUAUGUUACAUAAACUCUGGAAUCAGAACCAAGUGUCUGAUAUUGAUUUCCUUAAAUAAUGUAGCCCUGAAUCCUUUUUAAUUUUGUGUAAUAAGUCACCUCUAUUUUUAUUAGAAGACCCUAUUACAUUGUUUUCUAAGCACCUGGUUAUCAAAACAUAUAUUUCUUUGGGUUGCUAGCCAUAUCAGUUAAGCAUUACAAUAUUUACUCAGCAGUAAGAUUUUAUGCUGCAAAGAUUGUACUUUCUGAGGUGGACCUCCUUAGAUGUUUAUUAUUU